UUCAAGGGGCGUUCCCAGACGUGGGCCUAGUCUCCGGAUGUUUAGAGGUAGCCGGGUAGUCGCUUCUAAAGGCAAGCGCGCCUAGAGCAGCGGCACAGAACUGAUUAGUAGGUUUCUCUGAAGUAGGCCAGCCUACCGAACAGUCGGCUAGAAUUAUGGGUAGUUCUGAGUUCCUCCUGGUGAUGGCUGCAUUUUAAAAGUAGGGCUAUAGCUGUGGCGAUGGACGAGGCAGCUAUUUAAGGGAGGAGGGGUUUCAAUUCCCGGAACCCGGAGGCGAGCCUCUGGUCUACCGCUGUGCUGCUUUUACAGUUGCUGGGUCAUUUAAGGCCGCCAGUUAUGAAUAUUUUAGCAGUUCGUCAUCUUAAAAUUGGGCAUCCUGCACAGCAGUGACAAGUAGCGAAGCCACACACUGACAUCUUUAUUAACUGCUAUCCUAUGGGACAACACUUUGACGCCAGCCUACUGGCUGCUCCAGUGAGCAUGCGCUUCCAGACUGGCCAAUUGCCUUGCGACUUCCACCCCACCCUUCACCAUCUUAACAUUGGGCGCUUCUAGCAGUAGCAGAGUCUAGUGAAGCUUCUGGCUACCUUCUUGGUUGAGGGCAGAAUCGAGGGUGGAGCUGCGCGGGCUGAGCCGGCAGAUUCUCCGGGACCCACGUGGAAGCCGCGCUCAGAAUGCUGCGUCGUGAGGCCCGCCUUCGCCGGGAGUACCUGUACCGCAAGGCACGCGAGGAGUCUCAGCGAGCCGCCCAGGAGAAGAAAGAGAAGGUUCGGCGCGCGCUCGAAGAGAACCGCCUGAUUCCUACGGAGUUACGCAGGGAGGCUCUGGCCUUACAAGGAUCCCUGGAGUUUGAUGAUGCCGGUGGUGAAGGUGUGACCAACCACAUGGAUGAUGAAUAUCGAUGGGCAGGGGUUGAGGAUCCUAAGGUCAUGAUCACUACCUCUCGAGAUCCCAGUUCUCGCCUGAAGAUGUUUGCAAAGGAGCUGAAGUUGGUGUUCCCGGGUGCCCAGCGCAUGAACCGUGGCCGGCAUGAGGUGGGGGCACUGGUGCGAGCCUGCAAAGCCAACGGGGUCACUGACCUGCUGGUUGUCCAUGAGCAUCGAGGCACACCUGUGGGGUUCAUUGUCAGCCACCUGCCCUUCGGCCCCACUGCUUACUUCACACUGUGCAAUGUGGUCAUGCGGCAUGACAUCCCCGACCUGGGAACCGUGUCAGAGGCCAAGCCUCACCUCAUCAUGCAUGGCUUCUCCUCCCGCCUAGGCAAGCGGGUCUCUGACAUACUCCGUUACCUGUUCCCUGUGCCCAAAGAUGACAGCCACCGGGUUAUCACCUUUGCGAACCAAGAUGAUUAUAUCUCCUUCCGGCACCACGUAUAUAGGAAGACCAACCACCGCAGUGUGGAGCUGACUGAGGUUGGGCCUCGCUUUGAACUGAAGUUGUAUAUGAUUCGCCUGGGCACGCUGGAGCAGGAGGCCACCGCAGAUGUGGAGUGGCGCUGGCACCCGUAUACCAACACCGCACGCAAGAGGGUCUUUCUGAGUGCUGAGUGAGCCCACUCACUGAUCAGGACAUAGACCUGGACCCAGGAGGAAGGGAGGGGUCAGAAUAAAGUCUGUGUGCCACACUA